AUGUGCGUAACAAAACAUGCAGAGGCCAUGCCAUCGACUGCCGAGGAUGUUCGUUCGUUCGCUCGCUCAGCUGUAACACCCUUCCGGUGUCUAGCUGCCACGCUACCCGAAGGAAGCACGAAGGCUGAAACACUGUCAGGUUGCCCAGGCCUAGACAGGGGAAGUCGAGAGGCAGAGGUGGGGUUCGAAUCACGGACCUUCUGGUCAGUAAAUUCGGACUCUAACCACUGA